UCUCUCUCUCUCUCUCUCUCUUAAGUCUGAAAUAAAAUACUGCCUGCAUGGCCUGAGACCAGAGUUCUCUAGCUCUCUCUCUCUCUCUCUCUCUCUCUCCCUGAGCGAGAAAGAAGGAAAGCAAAAAUUAAUCAUGGAACCAGCAACUGAACCUGCGUUUAAUGCAAAACCAGCACCGGCAUCUGCGUACUGCAGUAAGUUGGCUGUAGCCAUGCCAACCGCCACCUGUUCCGCUGGAGAAAUGCCAGAAGAACCGCUGCCCCCGCCCAGAGUUCCUUCCGCCGCCCAUUCCUCCCGGCUUCCCCCUUCUCCCCCGCCCAAUGUUGAUCACGAAGGAAUCACAAGGUCUUUGAGAGAUGCUCCACCAGCUCAUUACAUAUUUAAAAUUGAGGCUUUCUCAUUACUCGUAAGCACAGAAGUGGAAAAAUAUGGAACUGGUUCUUUUGAUGCUGGCGGAUGGAAAUGGAGGUUGUCCCUGUACCCAAAUGGAAACAAGAGAAGAGAUGGAAAUGGUUACCUCUCCUUGUAUUUGGUACUAGAGGAGCCAGGCAGUCUUCCUCCAAGUUGGGAGAUAAAUGUAGACUUCAAAUUUUUUCUUUAUGAUCAAAUCCGGGACAAGUACCUAACCAUUCAAGACAGUGGUGCAAGAGCAAAACGCUUUCAUGGGUUGAAGACUGAAUGGGGCUUUGACAAACUGAUCUCCCUAAGCACUUUCGAAGAUGAGUCCAAAGGAUUUCUCAUUGGUGACUGUUGUGUCUUUGGAGCUGAAGUUUUUGUGGUUAAGAACAAUGGAAGAGGAGAAUGUUUAUCAAUGGUCAAAAUUGAACCCCCAAAUGGUCUAUACACAUGGAAGAUCACAGGGUUUUCAACCAAAGAUUGGUUUUUUUCUGAUGCCUUCACUGUCGGAGGUCGAAAAUGGAAAUUACUUAUUUAUCCCAAGGGAGACUCGAAGGGAACACCCAUGAGCAUAUCAUUUUAUAUAUUAUUAGAUGCGUCCGAGACACUUCCUUCGAAGAGAAAGUUGUAUGCAAAAUACAAGUUACGGAUAAAGAAUCAAUUCAACAAUAACCACCAUGAAUUUACUGAAAGUCAUUGGUUUAGUGCCCCAGGUCGGGGUCGGGGUGUCUCUGCGUUCAUCCCACAAAGUACUAUCAAUGACAUAUCAAAGGGAUUCCUAAUUAAUGAUACUUUGAUUGCUGAAGGAGAGAUCAUGGUUAUGUCUGCAGUCAAAGAUUUCUAAAGUGAAAAUUUAUGUCCUAAUGUGAUUAACGCCAAUAUUCUUUUUUUAUAAAGAUGUUAGUGUUGAAAAAUUCCAACUUGUACGUAAUUAUCUUAUUAUUUGUAAAUGUUAAAACAAUUUCCAUUACAUAAAUUGCAAUGAAACUCCAUGAUGGAGAGAAUUAUUGAUCCCAAAAA